AUGAGAGUACCGUGGGCGUUAAGCUUGAUCGAGAGAUCAAAAAUGCUCGAUUCAGCGGAGGAGGCCCAAAAGAAGGCGAAUGAAGAAGCCCGGGGUCGAGGUGGUACUCGUGAUAUCGAGUCCAGGGAAGAAGCUAAUCUGCACGAGGAUGACGACUUGGAACAAAGGCAUGAGGAGAUUGAUGAAGAUGAUGUGUUUGGGGACGGGGGUGAUCUGGAGGACGAAGAGGACGAUGACGAUCUGUGA